AUGGAGACCAUAAUGACAUUGAUUCGUUUUGGAGGUGUAUGGACAGAUAGAUAUCAGUACGAUGACUACACCAUGACUGGACUGAUAAUACCAACAAAUUGUUCUCUAAACAAUUUGGUUCAUUUAGUGAAAACUGAGAUAAAAUGCAAUAUUCAAAAUAUUGAGCUGAGUUACCAGUUAUCACCACGUAUGCCACCAAUGAAAUUACUCACUGACAAUUCAGUCCUAUUCUACAUUGAGCUGAAAAAGAAGCAAAAUGAAGUAACUGAGCUACCACUAUGCAUCACCACUUUUCAUCAAACAAUAGCUGACACUGUUCAACACAAUACAUAUGAAGAAGAAACAAAAAAACAGAACACAGAUUUAGAAAAGCUAGUUCUUCAACUAAACAACAAGCAAUCAGCUACAGAAUUACAAUAUGACGAAGCAACCUACACAAGAAAUAACCAGGUACAAACCUUCCCAAAUAUUACAGACAUAGCUGAUGAUGUAGCAGAAUUUAUCAUAGAGAGAACAGAAGAAAACAAAAGAAAAAGAAAAGAAGAAACAGAAAUUAUAACUGUUCAUAAAAUUUUCAAAGUUGAAGAAGGGCAGAUUUAUAAGGACAAAAAGCUCUUGAAAUAUGCUCUAUGUUAUUAUGCUAUGAUCUACAACUUCCAAUUCAAGACAAAAAGAUCUGAACCAAGAGAGUACUUGGUAACCUGUGUGGAUGCCAAUUGUAACUGGUUACUUAGAGCUUCAAAGUUCAGGAAAACAGAAACAUUUAAAAUCAGAAAGUAUGUAAAAACUCACACUUGCUCCUUGGAUAUCAUUAUGGAAGACCACAGGCAUGCUAAUUGCAAUGUCAUUGGGGAACUAAUAAAAUCAAAAUACAUGUCAAUAAAGAGAGUACACACACCACAUGACAUAAUCAACGACAUGCUAGAUGAUUUUGGUGUUUCAAUGGGGUACCAAAAAGCCUGGACAGCAAGAGAAAAAGCUUUAGAAUUGGCAAGGGGAAACCAAGAUGAUUCAUACCAAAAUCUUCCCAUCUACCUUCACAUGCUAAAAGUCUCGAACCCAGGUACAAUUACACACCUGGUUACAGACAAUACAUAUCACUUCAAAUAUAUGUACCUAGCAUUUGCAAAUUCCAUCAAAGGAUGGAAACACUAUAGGCCAGUCAUUGUGAUAGAUGGAACUUACUUGAAGACAUCAUUUGGGGGAACUUUAUUCACUGCUUCAACAAUGGAUGCUAACAACAACAUAUUCCCAUUAGCCUUUGGAAUAGGAGACUCUGAAAAUGAUUCAUCAUGGUUAUGGUUUUUCACAAAGCUAAAGGAGACAUAUGGAGAAAGAGAAGGUAUGACAAUCAUUUCAGACAGGCAUAAAAGCAUAGAAAAUGCUAUAGACGAUGUAUACUCAAAAGCUUUCCAUGGAGCAUGCAUAUUCCACCUGUUAAACAACAUCAAAGUCAAUUUUGGUGUCCAUGGGGAGGACCUAAACCUAAACUUUGUCAAAGCAGCAAAGGCAUACAGGGUUCAAUCAUUUGAGCACUACAUGCAUGAAAUAGACAAGAUUGACACACGCAUAAGACCGUAUUUACAAAAAAUUGGAUAUUCAACUUGGUCUAGAUGCCAUGCUCCAACAAGAAGAUAUACAAUGAUGACAUCAAAUAUAGCUGAAUCAAUAAAUGCUGCAUUGAAAGCUGCAAGAACGCUGCCAAUCACUACAAUGAUGGAGGGCCUUCGAAGUUUAGUUCAAAAAUGGGUCUUCCCAGUAAACACUAUACUGUACCAAGUUGUGGUUGAACAGAAAGGAAAUUUUUUGGUCAACCUAAUGGAGAAAACAUGUGAAUGCAAAAGAUUCCAACAAGACAAAAUACCGUGUGCACAUGCAUUAGCAGCAUUCGCCAAAACACGGCUGAAAACAUAUGAUUAUGUUGCUGAUUACUACAAAACUACAACUAUGAAAGCAACAUAUGACUCAACUGUUCAUCCAUUGCCAAAUGAAAGUGAAUGGACACUGCCAGAGACUUUAAACAUAAUUGUCCUACCACCAAAAUCAAGAAAACCACCAGGCCGCCCUAGAAGGAAAAGAAUCAGAUCUAGAGGAGAACCAAAGGUGCAAAUAAAAUGUGGAAGAUGCGCGCAGCAAGGGCAUAAUAGAAAAACAUGCAAGAAUGAACCAAUCCCAAAGCUCCGAAACCCAACAAAGUCAAAGAAAAUAGACAAAUAA